UGUGCGCGGCUGUGCUGCGCCAAGAGCUGAACUGCCUCUGACUUGUGUCCGACAGUGCUGAACUGCUUGAAGGCGUUUUAUGGGCUGCAGAGGAGUCUUGAGGGCAGCCUGGCGAGCAAACAGCGGGCAGGGGAAGAGGCACAUAGAAAUGCAGGCAUGCUCACAAAAGGGAACCCAGUGGGGAAAACUUGGGGAGCUGCAAGAGAAAGCCACCGAGGGGCUGGCCCCUGGUGCAUAGGAUGCUAGCAAGAGCAUAAGAAAUCAAGGAUCAAUUGCAUUUGACAUUAAACCUGGGCAUCGUCGACCUCCAGAGAGGACAAGAUUCCAGGUUGGCAGCAAUGGAAGAAGGUAGCUUGGGCACCCUGCAGCAGAGGGCAGCUGAGCUGGAGCACAUGGCCGAAGUCCUGCUGACCGGGGAGCAGCUACGGCUCCGACUGCAUGAAGAAAAGGUAAUUAAAGAUCGAAGGCAUCACCUCAAGACAUAUCCAAACUGCUUUGUUGCCAAAGAGCUGGUCGACUGGCUGAUUGAUCACAAGGAGGCCAUGGAGAGGGAGACGGCCAUUAAAGUUGUACAGAAAUUACUGGACCGUAGCAUCAUCCACCAUGUGUGUGAUGAACACAAGGAAUUCAAGGACCUCAAACUUUUCUACCGCUUCAGGAAAGACGAUGGAACGUUCCCGCUCGACAAUGAAGUGAAGGUGUUCAUGAGGGGACAGAGGAUCUAUGAAAAACUGAUGAAUACUGAAAAUGCUCUUUUACAAACCAGAGAAGAGGAAGGUGUAAAGUAUGACCGUACUUUCGUGGCAUCUCAGCUUAUUGAUUGGCUGAUCCAGGAAGGAGAGACCACCACAAGGUCUGAAGCUGAACAACUCGGCCGCCGGCUGCUGGAGCAUGGGAUCAUACAACACGUGUCCAACAAAAAUCAUUUCAUAGACAGCAACCUGCUCUUCCAGUUUCGCAUGAACUUCCGUCGGAGGAGAAGGUUGAUGGAACUGCUUUCCGAGAAGUCCCGCUUGAUGCCGGAGAGUCACGACAGUCCCUUCUGCCUGCGCAAACAGAAUCACGACAACAAAAAACACACCAGUUUCCUUUCUGUGAGCCCCAGCAAGGAGAUAAAAAUCAUCUCUGCAGUCCGGCGGAGCAGCAUGAGCAGUUGCGGGAGCAGCGGAUAUUUCAGCAGCAGCCCGACUCUCAGCAGCAGUCCUCCAGUCCUGUGCAAUCCCAAAUCCGUGUUAAAGAGACCAGUGACUGCUGAGGAACUUCUGAUGCCCAGUGCGCGAUACUCCAGGAAAACCUUCACAAUCAUAGGUGAUGCUGUUGGGUGGGGGUUUGUUGUGCGAGGGAGCAAGCCCUGCCAUGUUCAAGCUGUGGAUCCCAGUGGCCCAGCAGCUGCUGCAGGAAUGAAGGUCUGCCAGUUUGUGGUUUCAGUGAACGGGCUCAACGUCCUCCACGCAGACUACAGGACGGUGAGCAAUCUCAUCCUGACCGGUCCUCGAACCAUCGUCAUGGAAGUGAUGGAGGAAAUAGCGCCCUGAGAAAGAUGCUUCCACUUCUGUUCUUGCUCUGCACUCGGACGCUACACAAACAAGCAGUGGAGCUAUACACGGGGAUAAGUUUGUGCCUUUCCUAAGUAAACUGUUUUUCUUCUAGACUCCUUUCUCCUUUUUCAACAGCGAUAGCUGUUUUGGGUGAAUACGCUAAAGACACGAGCAAAUCAAAAAGGUCUGAUGCCCAAACUGAUUUGCUCUGUCCAUGCUGCAUAAUUGAUUCUGCUAACCCCAUGGAGAGGCCAGAAGUUCUUCAGAGUACUGAAGCCCAACCGCUUGGUUGUUUUGUUUUUGAGUUCUUAUUUGAUCUUUCUCCAGUUUCUGAGACCUCAUGGGGUAUUGACUUGCAUUUUUUCAGCUUAUCUGCAGUCCAUAAGAAUUAGAGAUGUCCCUUCAAAACUGGUGAACUCUUCACAGAACUAUCCUUAGGACUUGGGGAGGUGUGGACAACCGAGAUGUCAGAUUGCAAGCUGGAAAUCAUAGGAUCAUAGAGUUGGAAGAGAUCCCCAAGGGCCAUCCAGUCCAACCCCCUACAAUGCAGGAAUACACAAUCAAAGCACGCCUGACAAAUGGCCAUCGAGCCUCUCUUUAAAAACCUCCAAAGAAGGAGACUCCACCAUCAUCAUGCUUUGGAAAUGGACUGAGGUCCUGUGAUCUUUUGGAGUCUCAUAAGUCUCAAUGUUUGUAAGGCUGGACAACUCAGACAAAGCUAACUUGAACAGAAAAACUUUAUUGAAUUGUGUCGCCCUAGCUACAGGGUGCUGGAACUGAGGAUCUCACCUCAGUUCCAGCAUUUAAGGCUGAUUCAAACCAUUGUGCUGCAGUCCCUUCUCCUGCCCUGGGUUUCCAUUCGAGGCAGUUUCCUGCUUCGCCGGCCACCCAUGGGAACUGGUGCAUGUUGGGACUUGUAGUCCUGACAAUGUAGAUUCCUUGAAACUUCCCAGAGUCCUCUACAAAAAGUAGUAACCACCCCCAGACCAAACCUUUGCUUUCGGGACAGUUUAGGAAGCUUCUGGCCUUAGCAUAGUGCAGAGAUUUUGAACCGGAGAGAGAGCAAGCUUCAUACUUAUUGUCAACUCCACAGAAGGUUAUCUGUUUUGCUACAACCUCGGCAGCAUUUUUAGAGGACCUUUUCAUAAAUAAAGAAGAAAGUUACUGUGCCAUGCUGUGAGAUAUUUUAACUGUUUCAGAGAUUCGAAAAUAUACCUUUUGCAGAUAUCUGGGGAAAUAAUCAGUUGCUAUGGCAGUCUAAAGCAGUAUUUCAUGCCGUUGUAAGCAAAUGUGGCCGGCUGAUCCAAAGGCAUUUGUUUAUUACUGCAAGUCCGUCUUCUUAUCCAUUACAAUCAAUCCUCCGAGGGGUUUAUGGUAUCUUUGGUAGCCCUUCUGUAUAUUGCACAAGGUGAAAUUGAUGGCGUUGCUUUUUAGGUCUCUGUUGCAGACCGCCUUUGCAUUUCUCAGUUGACUGCCAUGUGGAAUAGGUAGAGUGCCUCUGCUUGACGGAUUGAACUGAUUGGAUGUUUGCUGUUGCUUCCCCUUUGGGAUAGAGCUAGGGAGGACUUAACUGUUGGGAGUAGCUUGUGGUCGAGUCCUUCAUAGGACUGUACCAUUUCAGUGUUAUGAGAGGGGAUCGCUCAAUGCGUAUUAGCUUUUAACAAUAACAGCUUUCAUAUUUUGGUGGAAUUCCACCUGAAUCACUGUUUUGAUGUUAAAAUACCUGGGAGUCAGAACUAGAAAGCUGGGCGAUAGAUUGCCCUUCACCUCAAUUUGAAUGCAUUUUGAAAUAUCAGUUGUUGUUUGUGAAUUCACUGUUCCCAUUUUUGCAUAUAGUGAACAGGUAUUGGAGGGUUUUUUUAUUGGUCCAAAACCCUACCAGAAAUAUGUAUUGUCAAAGGUUUUCAUGGCCAGAAUCAACUGGUUGCUGUGGAUUUUCCAGGCUGAGUGGCUGUGGUCUGGUAGUUUUUGCUGCUAACGUUUUGCCCCCAUCUAUGGCUGG